ACAUCUGAAUUAAGCAGCCCACUGCAAUCCUGAAGUGAAUUGGGAUUGUAAGACAACCCGCGCAUUGAUCUGCUGUGCACUUUUUUCCAGGGGGUAAAUGUAAUCACGUGUUUCAUAGUCGUCCAAUCGCAGCCGGGGAAGCUUUCAGAAAUAAUUACCUGGCUUGAUUGUUCUAUGGGCAGAUAAAAAAAAAGUACACAUGCACUCCAUAUAAUAAUCGGAUGCAUGUAAAAGAGAGGGAAACAGCGCCAUGUCGACUACGGGUCCCAUAAGUAAUUAUUAUGUGGAUUCCUUGAUCAACCACGAGAGCGAGGAUGUUCUGGCGUCUCGUUUUCCGACUACUGCUCCGAUAUCCUCCGGCUCACGCCCGACGCCUCUCGUGCCGGAGUGCGUGGAUUAUCCGUCGUGCAGCUUUGCCCCGAAACCACCAGUUUUCACUACCUCUUGGGCCCCUGGUCAUUCACAGUCGUCGGUGGUUUACCACCCGUACACUCACCAACCUCACUUAGGAACGGACUCGAGGUAUGUCCGCUCGUGGCUAGAGCCUAUUCCUGGUGCUGUGUCCUUUCCAGGCUAUGCAGCUAACAGCAGGCACUAUGGGCUAAAGCCUGACGCCUUUCAGGAUCCCCGAACUACAGACUGUUUAGCUUCGAACGGACGAACCUAUUCGGAUUAUGUCUACUGUUCAGCGGUUGACAUCAGGGACAAGCAGCAGAAUGCAUCUUCCCCCGAGUCUGAGAUCGUUUCUUCCGGAAAGCACAAAGACGAGAAGGCUGAACUGGACCCAAAUAAUCCCGUGGCCAACUGGAUCCACGCACGUUCCACAAGAAAGAAGCGAUGCCCUUAUACAAAAUAUCAAACACUUGAACUCGAAAAGGAAUUUUUAUUCAAUAUGUAUCUAACAAGAGACCGGCGAUACGAGGUAGCCAGAGUGCUGAACCUGACGGAACGACAGGUCAAAAUCUGGUUUCAGAACCGACGAAUGAAGAUGAAGAAGAUGAACAAGGAAAAGAGCGACAGCAAAGAAUAAAUCGCCCAAAACUUUUACUGAAUACAGACUGAAGGAAAGUUUAGAAAUGUCUCUUAAGUCUUAACAAUUAUCACCUUCCUUGCAACAGGAACAGAAAACACCAAGACGUUGUUAAUGUUCUUGAUUUUUUUGUGACUGCAAUUUUACCAACCUUUGUUUGUAUUAACACUACAAUUAAUUGCACAACUCAACCUAUUUGGAUUUAGAUUACGUUUCAUUCUUUACGAAUUGCCCCCGGCGUAGAAGCAAGACAAUACUUGAACUCCUCAACUUCUAAACUUCGUAAUUUAUCAUUUUUACCUGAAUGUUUCUCCGAUGUGUGUUUUGAUUAUUUGUUAAAGGUGUAGAACUUCGAUAUUUUGUAACGAGUAACAUAGUUUAAAACACUUGCGUCAAUGUGAUCUUGCUGCUUUAAAUGUAAUUGUUUGUUCUUUUUCAUUCUUCAUUUUUCAUAAAUUGUGAAAAAAAAGAUCAGUAUGUAUUGUAGAUGCUUAAAUAUACUCUACUGCCAUCUUUUUAGCGUAA